ACCCGGGGUUCCUUCCUGUCCAUCUGGAUGUGGACAGUAGGAGACUUUCUGGGUCUGCAACACUGAGCUCAGUGUGUCUGUGACCGGCGGAGCAGCUGAGAGGGGAAGCUCCGCUUUACGACGGCCCCCAAACACACCGCCCAGACAUCUACUGUCACUCCGAGUUCAUUUAAAUGUACACUUUUCCAAGCCCAAAAAUACUAGAAAAAACGUGCAUGUUGAGUCGACUAACAUCUGUACGAUUAUGCCGAUUGAUCGAGAAGUUUCAAGUUCAAAAGAUCUCUGUUUAAUUAAAUUUAGAUACUUAUUUUAUCACAUUUCAUCACGCUAAGAGAUGCACACGCUGUCGAUAUGGACACAACUGAGUACUUCUUUCACCACCAAUUCGAUUGCUGGUGCCUGUUCGUGAACGGAUUAAACCAGCUGUUUCUACUCAUUGCACACCGUUGUGAGUGGAUGUUUUUGACGAGGUGCACGUGAAGAGAGAGAGAGAAAUAAAUAGAACAUGUAAUAGUACUACACCCUCACACACACACACAUCUUCACACCACCACGCACACGCACGCACGCCUGCGGCGUUGAGUUCUUCUCUUGGCUCGCAGCAGGACUGUGCACUCCUCUCCGCUUGCUCCCAUUGAUUCUCUGAUACGUUACCGUGGAAACGGGAGUCUGUUGCCCCCCCCCCCCCAGCCUCCUCCUCGGGAUCAUCGGUUUCUAUUCAUCGCUGUUGCGUCUCAGCCGCCUCGUCGCUCCCGCUCUUCUCUUCAGUUUGUCUCUCCCUCCUCUGUUUUUUCUUUGUUUUGCGUCCCAAUAAAACCACGUUGUUUUGCGCAGACAUUUUGCCUUGAAGGAAACCAAACCGCUCGCAUAAAAAAAAAAAAACGCCGUAGCAACACCGAGCUCAGCGCGGUCAGCUGACUAGCUUACUGUGCUCCUUGGUCUUAUGAAUAAAACAGAUAAAUAUCUCGUGACGUCUCUAUAUGCUCUUUAUUUAUCUAAGUUUAUAUUCCAGCAACUCGAGUGCUCAUCCGCCUUCCACGUCCACUUCACCGGUUUCUAAAGAACAACCUGGCGACGGCCUCCGUCCAGGACGCACCCUGCUGAUCAGAGCUUACUGCCUGUUUGUGUGGUCUGAUCAGUGUGUCAUUGUGUGUCCCCUCUCCCUCCUCCUGCCAGUCCCCCCGGAGGCCAUCGGCUUCCUGUCGGCGGUGGGCGUCUUCAUCGUGGCGCUGGCCGUCCUCUUCCUCUUCAUCAACAAGAAGCUGUGUUUCUCGCGCGUGGGGGGGCUGCCCUGCCUGGAGCACCGCCACGCCCACCGGAAGAAGACGCGCCAGGGCCUCCGCCAGGGGCUGGUGAGCAGCUACGGUGACGAAGACGAAGACGGCGGUGGCGUCUCGUCCUCCGGCAGCGAGGAGGAGGUCCUAAAGCAGUUUGAGAUCUCCGUGUCGCGGUCGCAGAGCUUCCGCACCUCGACGGCGGCGAACCUCAUCGAGCUACAGGCGCAGACGGCGCUCGGCCGCCGGCACAAGUUCAGCCGUCUGUCGGACCAGGAGGAAGGAAGCACGGAGCCGUCGGACUGCGAAGAGAUGGCGGCUCAGGGCCACCAGGGCGGCUUCAAGGACCCGCUCACCGCCGCCUUAGAGGAGAGCGAGUGGGCGGCGCCGGAUGCUCUCGAGGCGGCGGGCGCCAGUGACGGGCCCGCCCAGGGCGCCAACCGGCAGGCCGCGGACGGCAGCGAGGAGAUGGAGAAUGGCGGCGGAAGUGCCGCCGUGGAAUGCUCCCCCGUCUGGAGCCCCGAGCCAGACCAGCCUCAGCCAGCGAGCUCUUCCCCCCGCCUCCCCAUCUCCACCUGCGGGGACCUGGUCCUGUCCCUGGAGUACCGGCCCGACGCGGAGAAGCUGCUGGUCUCGGUGAUCGCGGCGCGGGACGUCCCCGACAAAGCCCGCAGCGGCAUGGACUCCUGGCAGGUGCACAUGGUGCUGCUGCCCGCCAAAAAGCAGCGGCACCGCACGCUGGUGCAGAAGGGCUCGCUGCCGCACUUCAACGAGACCUUCCGCUUCUCGCGCCUGGAGCCGGCCGAGCUGCAGGCGUCGGCCGUCCGGUUCAGGCUCUACGCGCUCGGGGCGUCCCGCAUGUCCCGCGAGAGGAUGAUGGGCGAGAAGGUGCUGCGCCUGGGCGGGCUGGACCCGGAGGGGGGGACGAUGGAGACCACGCUGGUGCUGGAGCCUCGCAGCAACCUCAAGAGCUUGGACUCCCAGCUGAGCCUCUCCGCCGUGUCUCAGAGCGACAGCGCCUCGUCCACUCAGUCUCUGACCCACGGCGGCGUCCCCGAGCUGCUGGUGGGCCUCACCUACAACGCCACCACGGGGCGCAUGUCUGUGGAGCUCAUCAAGGGGAGCCACUUCAGGAACCUGGCCGUCAACAGGCCGCCAGACACCUACGGGCGCCUGACCCUGCUGAACUCGGUGGGUCAGGAGAUCUCGCGCUGUAAGACGUCGGUGCGCCGCGGCCAGCCCAACCCCGUCUACAAGGAGACCUUCGUCUUCCAGGUGGCGCUGUUCCAGCUGUCGGACGUCACGCUGCUGGUCUCCGUCUACAACCGGCGCAGCCUGAAGCGCAAGGAGACGGUGGGCUGGAUCGCCAUGGGCCAGAACAGCAGCGGCGAGGAGGAGCAGCUCCACUGGCAGGACAUGAAGGACAGCCGAGGACAGCAGGUCUGCCGCUGGCACGUCCUGCUGGAGGCCUGAGAGUGUUUCUUCUUUUAGGCCGGAGGUCGGAUGCGGGAGGAACGAAUUCAUGCGAACCACAUUUUGAUAAAAGUGGAUUUGAAGGCUUCAUGCAGGAACUGGUCUUUGCAGAAGAUGCUUCUUUUCUACCGGCGGGCCAAUCAAUGGCGUUCUGAACCAAUGGAGACAUCCUGAAAAUAUUAUAUGGUCACGUCUUCUUUAGAAAACAAACUAAACAUCCAACAUAAUAAUCAGUGAGUCACUGAGAAAACAAAACGUUGUGUUUACACGUAGCAGACAUUUAUUUAUUACUUUAUUAUCCCCACUAUUAACACUCUAUUGAUUGAUCCCAAUGAGCAUUUUUCAAAUUAAGUCAAUUCAUCUCACAAGCACAAACGAAUUGACAAAAAAUGCAUUGAUUUGACUUGUGGUUGGUGGUUAUUAUCUUGUGAAUACGGUUCGUACAGGAAGUGGACCUUGAGUUGUAAAAGUUAAAAACACAUUUGACAUUUUAGUAGAAAUAUCUGGCAAAUAAAGGUGUUGCAGACCAUAAACGUCUGAUCUGAUGAUGGAAACUUAAGAAACACUCAUUCACAUUCUUGUGUUUGCUGCUCCGGCGGCUCUGAAUAUCUCUCUCCAGUAACAACGUGCGAUUAAUUACCUGGAAGUGUGUGUUUUUACGCUCUCAGAGGUUUGAGCUUAAAAUCCCAAGAAAUCCGCUUGUAUGUGGUCGACAUCGUCAUUAAACAGACCCCCACGGGGCGCACGGUCAAAAAGUGUGUGAGGACAAUGAAGACUGACGAAGGUAAACAUAAACAUUCAUUUGUUAAUUUAUGUACAAAAUGAAAGAAGAAAAACCCAUAAAAACAAAGUAUAUGAAGGUUUAAAUGUUUAAUGACCUCUGAAAUGAUUGAAAAUAGUUAGUUUUGCACCACCUUCAUUAACAUCUCCUUCAAACCAUAAAGACACAGAACUAGUUUCCAUUCAUCAAUAAUCUUCAUCCUUCAUAACUCUUCAUAACUUAAUGACGUGUCGAAGCAGAUGUUUAAGCCAAAACUCGCAGAUUAACAUGAAUGACCCUCGACAUCAGAACAACCUCUCAAUGAUUUAUUUGUGUAUUUGUUUAAAGAAACUGAGGGGAAUGAGCUGUGGAAAAGCACAUGUCCACGGAUGCAUCCUACAUGUGUUUAUUGCAGGGAACAAGCUGUAAAAUGCUGACUGGCUUGUGUUUAAACUAAAAAAACAUGAAUGGAAUGUGCCCCAAAGGCCGAGUGAUUUCAUUUCAUUUAGAUUAUUUGGGUGCGUGAAAACGGGAUUCAAGCUAAUCCAAAAAGCAGAGGCUAGCUACAGUUAGCUCUUGUUUCGUUAGCUUGUUUGUGUACUUGUUAAACAUUAGCAUGUGAGUUGCAGCCAUCGGACCUCCGGCUUUAGCUACUGUUGGACAAUAAUCUGACAAUAAUUCUUUGUUAGAAGCUAAAAACCUUUUUUUUCCUGUUUGUACAGCGUUCAGCUGUACUAAUUAAUACUGAAAAAUGGAGCGUGUGUUAAUUCAACACACAGCUCAAAAGGUUUUAAAUGAACAAACUCCAGUUUUGCUGUGUUCGGGAAAUUAAAUAAUCACCUCAUGCUCGUUUUAUUAUUGGUUUUGUGAAAUAGAAAAAUCAGAGAGGACAUUCCUGCUACGUUUUUAUAUGAGCACUCGCAUUCUGCAGGCUUCCUCCAUGUGAGCGUGAAAAGUUAACUCCAAGACCUUUCUGCACAAUGAAACAUUUUAUGCAUGUCAAGUUGUUGUACAGAGUCUAUAAUAUCAUUAUAUGUUUUAUAAAUUGUAGACAUUUGAUGUCCUUAUUAUUCUAUUUGUAUUUACACGUGUGCAUGCUCAGUUUAAGACCCAUGGUUGUAUUUACAGAUGUGAUGCCGUUGUGAUACUCUGAUGAAGAAGUGCCUGUAACAUUUUUGAGAAAAACAACAAUAACAACAACAGAUGAUCCAAAUUAGCAUGAACCCUUCUCGUUGUUCCCUGUGAAUGCUGCAUGCAUGGAAGGUGGCUGCAGGCCCUGAGGUCGAGGCCUGGACCAGGAGCUAGGUCCAAGUCAGACCAGAUUCAGUCUGGGUUCAAGUCCACGCCUGUGGAACCUGUAACUGUUCUACGGAGGACAACACUGAGCGAGUCUGAGACAUCCUGCAGAGAUUCUGGUGUAGUCUGGACUCUAGUCGGGCCUGGUCUGAUCUGGUCUUCUCCAGUCCAGUCUAUUAUAACCUAGUCUAUUCUGGUCUGGUCGAUCCCUAUCUGGUUCGGUCCAGUCAGACUACCAUAGACUAGUCUGGUCUGGUCUGGUCCCGUCUAGUCAUGUCUAGUCUACUUGUCUGGUCCUUUCUGGUCCGGUCCGGUCUAGUCAUGUCUAGUCUACUCGUCUGGUCCGGUCCGGUCUAGUCUUGUCUAAUCUACUGGUCCGGUCUGGUCUAGUCUUGUCUAAUCUACUGGUCCGGUCUGGUCCGGGUCAAGCAUGCUGAGCCGCCGCAGCCCCCAGAAAGCACAUUUUGUACCAAGUUCUGUCGUUGCCAAUAAAGCCCAGGAGCUCCCCACUGAGGGGACGUCUGUC